UCCUGCUGUUGCUUCUGCAGAGUUUUAUUUCAGGAAUUGGCAACUGGAUUGCAGACGAAGUGUUAUAUCAGGCAAGAAUCCAUCCUAUGCAGUCUGCUUCAAGCAUAUCCAAAGAGGACUGUGCAACAUUGCUGAAGUGCAUUAACGAGGUCAUCAAAAAAGCUGUGGAAGUUGGGGCAGAUAGUAGUCAGUAUCCUACUAAUUGGAUUUUCCAUUCCCGGGAAAAGAAACCUGGCAAGGCCUUUGUUGAUGGGAAGAAAAUAGAAUUCAUCACGGCAGGUGGCAGGACAUCAGCCUUUGUUCCAGAGCUACAAAAGAAUACGGGGGCCGAAUCUGCAAAAGCAGCAGGUAAACGGCAACAGGUCAAAGUUCCGAAAAUCAAGCAUAACGAUAGUGAUAGUCAAGAUGAAGAGCCAGAAAUUGAAGAGACAGCAGCUGGGAAGUCAAAGGUGAAGCAGCGUGGGACAAAUACUAAGAGAGCUUCUACUAACAAGAAGUCAAAGGAAAGCAACAGUGACGAUGAAAAUGAUAGUGAUGAAGCUCCAAAGAAAUAUGGAAAAGCAAAACAAAACAAAAGCUCCAAGGGAAAAGGUGGUGAUCAAAAGAAGAAAACUAGAGGAACAAAUACGGCUGCAAAAAGAAAACUAGAGGAAAGUGAUGAUGGGGAAGACACGGACGAUAAUGAUGCUAGUGGGGAUGAUGAUGAUAGUGAACAAGACAAGGAUCAAAAGCUUUCUAGUAAAACACAAUCAAAGGGGAAGAAGACCACCAAGCAAAUGGCUGAACCAAGGCAGACCAGGAAUAAGCCGUCCAAGAAGCAGAAAUAACUUAUCAUCCAAGUAUCAAGUUUGCGAUUUUGUCAACUUAAAGGAAGUGGCAGCAGUUAUGCUUUGUGUUCGGACUACAAGUUUGUAAUCGCCUGUGAAUAGUUACUAAAACAGUACGAUGACAUGACUAUAAUAUUUCACCAACGGUUGUAUGAUGCAAACUUCUGAACUAUCCUUAGGAAAACAUUAAUUAAGUUAUUGCUAUUAGUUUCUCCUGUACAGCCAUGGUUCCUUCAUUGCUGUACAUGAAUUUCUAACUGGAGAAUCCCUCCCUAAAGCCGCCAUAGCUUGAUGCCUUGUUUAGUCAAUCA